AUGUCUCAGAGCAAUUAUAACAAACCAAAGAACACUCGAUCUAGCACGCAAAAAGUACGGACGGGAUGCAUCACCUGCAAAAAGCGUCACAUCAAGUGCGAUGAGACCAAGCCGCAUUGUAACAACUGUCUAAAGAACCGAGGACAUUGUGAAGGUUAUGCUACCACUAAGGUCGCCCCCAAGAAAGUGACCGGCCCGAUUGAGCUUCGCUGGGAUCUGAGGCAUGGGGGUGCCAAAGCAAGCUCCAAGCUUGAAAUACAGCUGCAAGUUCACCCAGACUCGGUUGACUUCCGAGAUUGCACAGCACAUCUCUAUUUUCACGAGUUUGUAGGGCUGGUCAGAGGGCCUUGGCUCAAUGCAGCAGCUAAGGACGACUUGUGGAGGGUGACCAUGCCACAGCUCGCUCGCAACAACGACACAUUUCGCUCCGCUGCUAUGGCUAUCGGUGCACUGAGUCUAUGGCAUCGUCAUUCUGGUCGCAAAACGCUCCGUGCGGUAUCAGUGCCCGUGCAACUGGUGGCUGAUCAAGACAAGCAUUAUUUUCAUGCUGUUGCCUACUACUGCUCUUGUUUAAAACUACAACGCUACCGAAGAUCUCCUCAAGAUGCAAUUCUCCUAUCUCUAUUACUCAUGUUCUUCGAAAGUCUUCGCGGCAACAGACAAGCUGUUUUCGACCAUAUAAAUCAUGGACUAACUCUAUUCCUUACUCUCUUGACGGAUCAAAAUGCCCAUCUUCUCAUCGCCAGUUUAGCUCCAAAUCCGAAGCCAUUUCUCGCCGCCGUGGCAGAUGUCUUCACUCUACUAUCAGCGCAAGUACGGACUGUUCUUCGUGGAAGAGUCGGCCAAGGUAUCUCUCUUCCAAACCUAGCAAAAGAGUUGAGUGAUAGAAAUCACUCGAUGGAGACUUUCACGUGCCUGCUCACCCGAAUGUCAGUCUCAUCUAUAGACACUCAAAUCCCGGCUGUUUUCAACACUCUCGAUGAGUUCGAGCAGUAUUGGGCUUCCGGUAGUCAUCGCCAUACCAAAAUUAUAUCUAUCAUGGCAAAUGAAUUACAAACAUCAGCUGGGAAACGUUCAACCAAUCAUGAUGUCAGUGACUCUUUCUUCUUGCAGCUUUUGGGAAACAGCCGCAUUGAGGAGUUUUGCAAAAGUUCGGAAAAAGAAUUCCAGUUGCUAGAUGCUGCAUUUCUGCCCCUUUUUGACAGAGCCAUCAUGACUGAUAUCGGAUCACCGGCCUACUUUAGAGCUCUUUAUUUACGCUUGCAGUACCUGGCCAGCUACGUGAUUGAAGACCCCACAAAUUAUCUUAUGUUUGAGACAUUGCGCUCAAAGACCCCCUUCUUCCGGCAGUUUCUAUCUCUGGCCGAUACUAUCUUACGAGCUUCCAGCCAAGAGGCCGGGAAUCCAGCUUCUUGGCUGUCGUUACAAUGUGGUCUCGUGUGGCAGAUCUUCAACGUAGCAUUGGUGUGCCGGGACCCUCUAACUCGGGAUGAAGCGCUAUGGUUAUUGCGAGAUUAUCCUGGUCAGGACGGGCUAUGGAAUACCAGGUCACUUUACCUGUUGGCCUUGAGAAAUCGCGAUAUAGAAAGAACAAAUGCACAGGAAGGUACAUCUGAGGAGCAGUGGCGGCGUCUAUGGCGUCGUGAAUUUGUUUUUGAAGAGGGCGGUAAUCGUAUCCUGCUUCGAUAUUUAGAUAAAGAUGAGGAGACUCGAGCUUGGCAGAUGGUCGAGGAAGUCGCCGAAACCGGGUCGGGUUUUGACGACGUGGAAUGGAUACGACAACCACUUACUGGGUCAAAAGGAUUACUCAUGGCGGAAAUAUAUUGCACUUGA